AUGGAGUACAUCCAAAAAAUGAUAAGACCUUUUACAGAUCGCUCUAAUUACUACGUGUCUCAACCCAACUCAUUCAAGAGGAAAGAAUCAAAACACACCCAUGAUCCACAAUCAGUGUUGCUGUACAUCAAGCAGAUCUUUUUCACUCUCCAAACACAAUAGAACGUGAACAUGUCGUUUCUAAAUCCGAAUUAUUUUUCAGAUAUCCAAUCUGAUCUCAAUCCAGAGAUGAGAGCCCAGAUGAUAGACGAAGUUCAUAAGUUAUGCACAGCUCACAAGGCUCAGCGAAGGACUUUCCAUCAAACCAUUUAUUUGCUCGAUGUUUAUUUAAGUACAAAUAGAAUAUUUACCGCUCAAAUCGAUUCGAUAUAUAAGACAUGUUAUUUUGUGGCAUCCAAAUAUGAAGAAAUCUACCCAAGCCCAUUGUGGAGGUACACCUAUGACAGAGACGAAAUGCAAGAGAUCUUUUAGAUUGAAAAAGAAUUGCUCUCUCUCUUGGAUUUUAAGUUGGUUACAGCAUCCUCUUACGUGUGGUUAAACUAUUAUUGGACGAUUAUCAACAUAGCAGAGAAGACUUCGAAUUGGCUAACCUAUUCCUUACUCUUAUUGGAUGUUGCUGUUUACAAUAUCAAUAUCAUCAAAUACGAACCCUCCAAAAUUGCAUGUGCUUCUCUCUAUACCAGUGCCAUAAUGUUAAACAUUUAAAUGAAUUGGAAUAGUUUUGCAUCACAAUUUGGACUGCAUUUCCAACAUGAGAUUAAAGAAAUUUCAAACCUCAUCAUGAUAACAUUAAAAGACAGUGUAAAUUAAAAAAGAGAAAUUGUCAAGCAUAUGUAAUUGUAAAAAGAGAAAGAACUUUUUUGA